AUGCUGCCCGCCGCCCUCCGCCGCUGGCUGCGCCGGCCCAAGCGCUCUGACCCUCGUCUGCUUUCCCAGUUCUUCUUUGCUGAUGAGAGGGUGACACAGGUGGUGGCUGAAAUCAACGGGCUAGAUGCAGAGCUGGACCCACAGCAGUACCUGGUGCUCCUCAACCAGCUCCAUCUCAGCCAGGCUCACCUGCUGGCUGUCCUGGAGCAGAUCAUGGAGGAGUGCAUUCCCACACAGCGGCACAGUCGUGACUACCUAGUCAAGUUCCCCGAGGAGCUCUUGGUAGGCAACCUGGGGAACCACAUGCUCUUUGCUGCUGAGUGUCUCCUGGCUGGGACCUUCCUGGAGGUGGAGGAGGCAGAUGGGGCACAGCUGCGGCCCCAGGCCAGGAAGCUGUUGUCCAGCUUGGAGCUGGUGAGGACAGUGCUUCGAGAGCAGAGCCUGAGCCAGCCCAGCUUCUACCCAGAGCCUGUCCAGGCUGUGCUUGUCCAGUUUGACCGUCUCUUUGCAGAGUUUGAGCUGAGCUAUGUAUCCUCAAUGGUGGUGGUGAAGUCUCCUGAAGAGAUCUACAGGCAGCAGGAGAUCAUUGUGCUCUUUUGUGAGACGGUUGGGAGAGCCUUGCGCCUGGGCUACCUGACUCAGGAGAUGAUUGAUGGCUAUGAACCACUGCUGAUGUUCACCAUCCCUCGCCUGGCCAUUAUCAGUGGCCUCCUUAUCUACCCCGAGGGUCCCCUCAGCUUGGAGCGGAGCCCUGACCAGAUGUCCCGGGUCUUCAGCCCCUUCUACAACCUCCUGAAGAAGAUCAGGGACCUGCUGCGGGUGCUGUCCACAAAGGAGCUCUGCCUGCUGGAGAGGAGCCUGUGCACAGCUGAAACGGACCCCUGUGAUCUGGCCACCCCACCAGCCUGGGGGGCAGCUGUGGCCAGAGAGGAACCUUCUCCUCCCUGGGGUCUCCUGGAGGUCACACAUGCCACUCCAGCACUCCCCAGUGGACUUCCUGGUGUGGGGGAUGAUGCAGGCACCAACUGGCAGUGGAGCUCCCAGCCCCUUGGGAGCAGCCUGGGGCUAGAUGCCACCCCAGGUGCCUGCUGCUUGGAGCUGCGCUCCCGCUACAGCAGCACCAAGGAUAUGCUGCACACCCUUUUCGUCUGCAUCUCAGGGGUAGCUGAUCAGCUCCAGACCAACUUUGCCAGUGACCUACGAAGCAUCUUGAAAACGGUUUUCAAGAUCAUCGCCUCACAGACGGAGCCCUCAGAGGAGCCAAAUACCAGCCGUGGCCACCAUCUGCCUGAGUGGGUGCCAGACAGCACUUGCAGCCAGUGCUCUGCAUGUCGCUCACCCUUCACCCUGCUCCGUCGCCGGCACCACUGCCGGAGCUGCGGGAAGAUCUUCUGUGCCCGCUGCUCACCUCACGCUGUGGCGCUGCCGCACUAUGGCCAACUGAAGCCUGUCCGUGUCUGCACACACUGCUAUGCCACACACCUCUUGCCUGCAACCCGGUGCACCUGGAGCCAGUGA